CCAUACUUUAAACUGAACUGAUUGCUACGUUUUGCACACAGACAGCCUAGAAUACUGCUGAGGAUUAAUCUGCACCAGCUCUACAGGGAGCAAACUGCCCUAAGGAAAAAUGGCCUCUCAGGAGAUCCAGAUGCCAUCCAGCUGUGAAGUUCCAGAUAUUCCCUGUGGGACGAGAGUCUUCAGUACAUUGCCAUAUGCCUUUAUCUUGAUAGAAUUGAUAUUGGGAUGCUGGGUCUGGAUUUUGGUCGCUGCUACUGGAGUCGUUAUUUCUAUCAACAAUGGCUGGGUCAUGUAUGUGUCUGUGUCUUGUUUCUUGUUUUCGCUGAUACUGCUCAUGGUCUAUGUGUGUGGAUUGCACAAAAAGAACUGUGGAACCUGGAGAAUAGUGGAUGUCAUUUAUCACGGAAUCGCUGCAAUCUUUUACCUCAGUGCUGCUGUUCUAGUGGUGAAUGCAGCAAUAGUAUGUAAUAGUACAAUAAAUUCAAGCUGCACAUUGGUUAAUUACCGCUUGCUAAGUGCAGCCUCGGUCUUUGCUUUUGUUACGUCACUUUUAUAUAUGCUGCACAGCUUCCAGUCCUAUGUUCGCUGAAGAGCCAACAGAAAGACAGAGACAUGAGAGCCCCCACUGGAAUCUAAUAUAAACCCAACGUGAAACAAUAUGCAUAUGGGAAAUUUGGAAAACUUCAAAUAUUUAAUAUCCGUAACAGAAAUAUGGGAUUAUUCUCAAUACUAUCAUUUUACACACAUCCAACCAGUAACUCCCCUGUAUCAUUGAGCUACAGCUCCCAGAAUCCCCAAAAAACUAGAGGCUGCAAGUUGGACAUCGCUACCAUGACUGCAUGGCUCACACAUGGGGAUUCUUGCCUUCUCCUUUACUUACAAAUCCUGCUCUGUAGCUCUACACAAAUAGCACAGAGUGGGAUCUGCAGCCACCCCUGCCUGCUAGCCCUCUAAUUAUAUCUCUGAUUUAAAGGGAAACGUUUAAAAUACUGUAAAACUAAUCACACACAUAUUGAGCCAGGAUGCCUAAAGUCACAGCCUUGGGCUGGGAAGAAAUCAGACACAGUAUAUUAUAUAUAUAUAUAUAUAUAUAUAUAUAUAUAUAUAUAUAUAUAUAUAUAUAUAUAUAUAUAUAUAUAUAUUAUAUAUAUAUAUAUAUAUAUAAUGGUAUAAAGGGUGCAUGAAAAGUGUUAUUGAAACCCGCUAUAUUUUUAAUAACAUUGAGCACUUUCUUCUCUGUUAUGCUCUGUUUGUCAAUCAUAUAUAUAUAUUUAUUUGUUUGUUUUUUUUUCUCUUACUCUGAUUUUCCUAAACUGUUUCUUUUAUUUUGGGUUGUAUAAUAAAAUUAUUUUGCUCAGGGUUUAAGGAACAAUGAUUCAUGGGACUAUUGUCACACUAUUGUCGCAAUAAGGCCUCCUGCUUGAGGGACUGAUUAUUUGGUCGGACUAUGUAUAGGGCUGGGCUAUUAUUGGCACCCAAACCUUAAAAUCAGAAAACCCAUCACAUAAAGUUUCUACAAUUUAAUUCCACAACCUUCCUUCUUAGACAUAUUCCCUGAAUCAUAUCAGCCUUUGAUAUUGGCUUUUUGCCUAGAGACCCUGGUUUUAAGCCAAGUGGUAAAUCAUUGAUACAGUAAAAAAUCAAUCUCACAAAGUCUGGGCAUAUUUAAUGCCCACAGGGGAGGACAAAAUAAAUACUUUGCUCUUCAUGAUAUUUGAUUAUAGCUAUUUAAAUUUGUGGUACAAAUACAUGUAAAAAGAGGAUAAUGGUCAGUCUAGUGACCUCUUCUAUUUUAUACCACACAACUUGAACACAUCAAUGGCUGACUCUGGCUCUGGGAGAUGUCUAGAGAUUUCUCUUUAAUAAAUAGAUAAUGACCAGGCAGAGAUAAAGAAUGCUAAAACCAUUUUAUGUUUUAUGUUACAACAACCUGUAUUGCUUACAAUCAGAUCUCGUGAAGCGUCUAAACCGCAUUGAAACGGAACUGAAAUUAUGCUUGUAAUUUCCAAUUUCCUAAAACCACUGCAAAAAUAUGACUUUUUAAGGGGUUUUUAUUUAUUACAUAGGAUACUGUUAGUCUUUGGGGGAAAAAGAUUAAUUGAGAAGUCAGCCAGUCGUCCAGCUAUUUACAGGGGGUGAUACAUAUACAGUAAAGGGCUGUUAUGAGUUCUGACUGCUGAGUGACAGUUUGGUUUUGCUCAUUUCCUCACUCAGGUGGUGAACAAGUUUGUGUGUCACAAAUUUACUUUUUCACUGUGUUGGACGAUGCCAUCUGAACGGCUGCAAAAUACUUGCACAAAGCUACAGUUAGUACCCCAGACUAAUGUUUGGUUUUGUUUUACUUUAACCAAUGGAUGGCAUCCUCAGUUCUUUAGCCCAGAAUCAAUUUAGUAGAGUAUAAUAUAAUUAAUUUUAUAGGACAAGUAAAGUAAUAAAACACCAGGGGAAGGUACCAGUUUGUUAAAUCCCUUAAUGACCAAAGAUCCCAUUGUGACCAGAGUUAUUACCCUUUACCCUGGGUUGGUUCUUUGUUGCAGAAUGUCUCAAUUACAUCUUUUUUGUGCCCCCAGGUGUCCUGUGUUGCUGAUUGAGGUGGUCAUAGGUAUAAUACAAGGUUUGGGUAAAAGGUUUCCAAAUUUAAUCACUGAAGGCUGCUAAUAUAUUGACAUCCCCUAGUUUUUUUUUGUUUUGUUUUUUUUCUUUACUUGUCCUUUUUUAGUUGUUCACAUGUAAUAUUUAGAGUGGAACAUGAAAACGGUAUUAUAUGACAUUUGCAAAGCCAUACCAUUAAAAUGUCCUGUGCGUA